AUGUCACCAUCAAAGACCCGCGCUCCGCGAGUUGAAACCGACGUCUUACUGGCCAUCAAGCCCGAACAUUUGGCAAACAUUAUCAGCCGAGAAAAGAACCAUGAGUAUCGCAAUUAUCGUCUAAAAGACGGUGUCCUGCGCCUCUGGCUUUACGAAACUGGCAGUGGAGGCGGUCGCUCAUCAAGCACACACAUAGCUGUGAUCCGGCCAAGUACCCGCCAUGAGCCAGGUUCUGUGCCGAUCGAGCCUUUUGGUAUUGACAAUGAAGACUUUAACGCUGGACGAAAGGAGUCCAAGUACGGAUAUCCGAUACUGGAGCUUUAUGAACUCAUGAACCCAGUUACUCUCAACGAAAUGAAGACUAGAUAG